AGGAGCUGGUUGCUGCAAUUGAAGAAAGAGUGGCACCUUUGGUGCGAAUGACCCAGAUGUCCACCAUGCUGCGAGAUUCAUGAGAUUAACAGCCUCUGCGCGCCCGGCCACUCCACCCGAGGAGCAGCUCUGUCUGCCCAGGCUCCUGCCUGCUGUGGCUCCUGCACGCUGUUUGUUCCCUUUCCUUUUCGCAUCCAGAGCUCCUCCAGCAACCCCAAGUAACCCCGCGCCGGCUCAGGAGUCAUUUCCACCAGGAGAAAUUGGCAGGACGCGAGGAAAGCUUCCAAAGCCCAGGCGGAAUGUGCCUCCCGCUUUUAGUGCCAGACCUAGUCCUGUGUGAAUUCUGUAAUUGUGAGUUGUUGCACCAGAGCGUUGAGAGAUGAUGACACACUUGUCCUUGGAGCUGAUUGAGCAACGGAAAUAGGCCUCAGAGACAUGGAGUCAUCAUGGUCGACACCGAGAUGCCAUUCUGGCCCACCAACUUCGGGAUCAGCUCCAUGGACCUCUCCGCGAUGGACGACCACUCGCACGCCUUUGACAUCAAGCCCUUCACCACAGUCGACUUCUCCAGCAUCUCGGCACCACACUAUGAAGACAUCCCAUUCCCAAGGAUGGACCCAAUGGUCGCCGAUUAUAAAUAUGACCUGAAGUUCCAGGAGUACCAAAGUACCAUCAAGGUGGAGCCCUCGUCGCCCCCGUACUAUUCCGAGAAGUCCCAGCUGUACAACAGGCUCCCCGAGGAGCCCUCCAACUCCCUCAUGGCCAUCGAGUGCCGAGUGUGUGGAGACAAGGCCUCUGGCUUCCACUACGGAGUCCAUGCCUGCGAAGGGUGUAAGGGUUUCUUCCGGAGGACCAUCCGAUUGAAGCUUAUUUAUGAUAGGUGUGAUCUUAACUGUCGGAUCCACAAAAAGAGUAGAAAUAAAUGUCAGUACUGUCGAUUUCAGAAGUGCCUCGCAGUGGGGAUGUCUCAUAACGCCAUCAGGUUUGGGCGGAUGCCACAGGCUGAGAAGGAGAAGCUGUUGGCCGAGAUCUCCAGCGACAUCGACCAGCUGACCCCAGAGUGUGCUGACCUCCGGGCGCUGGCCAAGCACUUGUAUGACUCAUACAUCAAGUCCUUCCCUCUGACCAAAGCCAAGGCCCGAGCGAUCCUGACAGGAAAGACGACGGACAAAUCACCGUUUGUCAUCUAUGACAUGAAUUCCCUGAUGAUGGGUGAAGACAAGAUCAAGUUCAAGCACAUCACGCCCCUGCAGGAGCAGAGCAAGGAGGUGGCAAUCCGCAUCUUCCAGGGCUGCCAGUUCCGCUCAGUGGAGGCCGUGCAGGAGAUCACCGAGUACGCCAAGAGCAUCCCGGGCUUCGUGGGCCUGGACCUCAAUGACCAGGUGACCCUGCUCAAGUACGGCGUGCACGAGAUCAUCUACACCAUGCUGGCCUCGCUGAUGAACAAGGACGGCGUGCUCAUCUCCGAGGGCCAGGGCUUCAUGACGCGGGAGUUUCUCAAGAGCCUGCGGAAGCCCUUCGGUGACUUUAUGGAGCCCAAGUUUGAGUUCGCUGUGAAGUUCAACGCACUGGAACUGGACGACAGCGACCUGGCCAUAUUUAUAGCCGUCAUCAUCCUCAGUGGAGACCGCCCGGGCCUGCUGAAUGUGAAGCCCAUUGAGGACAUUCAGGACAACCUGCUGCAAGCCCUGGAGCUCCAGCUCAAGCUCAACCACCCGGAGUCCUCGCAGCUGUUCGCCAAGCUGCUGCAGAAGAUGACAGACCUCAGGCAGAUCGUCACGGAGCACGUGCAGCUGCUGCAGGUGAUCAAGAAGACGGAGACGGACAUGAGCCUGCACCCGCUGCUGCAGGAGAUCUACAAGGACCUGUACUAG